AUGACCGCCCCGGCCGCCGCGCCCGCCCUCUCCCCCGCCUCUCCCUUGUACACCGAUGGGGCUGCCCUCCGUGCAUCUCCUCCUGCCUGUCGCCCGCCUCGCUGCCUUGCACGAUCCCCCCCCUUCCCAGCUUCCGCACUGCACCGGGGAUUUCCUGACAGCGCGCCACCGCGGCAAUCCCGAUGCAAGCCGACCAGAGCCGCAGCGGGUCUCUGCCCGGACACGCUGACACUGACAGCUAUCCAUUCUGCAUCGACAUGGUACCCGUCGAUUGACAUCCACGCCUACAAAUGCGUAGCGCUCCGCGAAACUCACUGCUCCCCCUCCACCGCGACGGACGUCGAGCACCCCAUCAAGCAAGCUCUGCUCUAA